GCCAAGAUGGAUGCGUUAAGUGUUUUCAUAAACUUCUUCACGUGAAAUUAAAAAAUUACCAUUUCAAAGUUAAAUCUAAAACUGUAUUAAAUAAUAUUGUUAUACCUACUUCCUAAACUUGCUUUUCUAUAUCAUUGCUUUGAUUGUGUUCAACAAUGGAUUCCAACAAGGAAAGUAAACGUAAAAAGGAUAAAUACAGUGAUAAUGAAGAUUAUAGGUCAGAAAGAAGAUCCAAAAAGCGACGCAGCUCGCGAUCUCCAAACGAGGCACGAGAUAGGGACUCUAGACGUAAGAGAAAACAUUCGAGAUCAAAAUCUCCUUUCCCAGUUAAGCAAGGUAGACGACGUGAUGGCGAGCCAAGAGAUCCCGAACCUAAGUCUGUAGUUCCGGUUAGAAAACCAAAAGAAACAGAUAUGCUUAACACAAGGACCGGUGGCGCAUACAUUCCACCAGCUCGACUUCGAAUGAUGCAAGCACAAAUUACUGACAAAUCAUCACCUGCCUACCAGAGACUCGCUUGGGAAGCUUUAAAAAAGUCUAUCCAUGGACACAUUAACAAAAUCAACGUGGGAAACAUUGGCAUCAUAAUCAAACAGCUUUUAAAAGAGAAUAUAGUGAGAGGUCGUGGAUUGUUAUGUAGAUCCGUGAUUCAGGCUCAGGCCGCAUCACCUACAUUUACAAACGUUUAUGCAGCCCUGGUAGCAGCUGUCAACUCUCGAUUUCCAAACAUUGGAGAGUUGUUACUAAAAAGACUAGUAAUACAGUUCAAAAGAGGUUUUAAGAGAAAUGAUAAACCUAUUUGUAUAUCAUCUGCAUCUUUUAUUGCCCAUUUAGUUAACCAGAGGGUUGCUCAUGAAAUUCUUGCAUUAGAACUAUUAACAUUACUUGUAGAAACACCGACAGAUGAUUCAGUGGAGGUUGCUAUAGCUUUUUUAAAGGAGUGUGGCCAGAAGCUGACCGAGGUUUCCUCCAAAGGUGUAAAUGCAAUUUUUGAGAUGCUAAGGAAUAUUUUACAUGAAGGGCACUUAGAUAAAAGGGUCCAGUAUAUGAUUGAAGUGAUGUUUCAAGUAUGGAAAGAUGGUUUCAAGGACCAUCCAGCUGUUAUUGAGGAGUUGGAGCUUGUGCCGGAGGAGGAGCAGUUCACUCAUUUGCUGAUGUUAGAUGAUGCUACAGACUCACAGGAUAUUCUGAAUGUAUUUAAAUUUGAUGAUAAAUAUGAGGAGAAUGAACAAAAGUACAAAGCUUUGUGCAAUGAAAUUCUUGGAUCUGAUGCUGAAUCUGGAGAAGAAGACGGCUCUGGGGACUCUGGUAGUGAAGAAUCUGAUGAAGAUGAAGAUGGUAAAGAGAAAGCUGUUACAAUCAUAGAUAAUACGGAAACUAACUUAGUUGCUUUACGACGAACAAUCUACUUGACUAUAAACUCAAGUUUAGACUUUGAGGAGUGUGCUCACAAGUUAAUGAAGAUGCAACUUAAACCUGGGCAAGAGAUAGAGUUAUGUCAUAUGUUCUUAGAUUGCUGCGCUGAACAAAGGACGUAUGAGAAGUUCUAUGGGCUUUUAGCACAGCGCUUCUGCAAUAUCAAUCGUAUUUACAUAAGUCCAUUUGAAGAAAUAUUUAAAGAUUCAUACUCAACUGCUCACAGGCUAGACACCAACAGAUUGAGAAAUGUCAGUAAAUUUUUUGCUCAUCUAUUAUUUACUGAUUCGAUUAGCUGGGAAUCACUUGAAUGUGUUAAGCUUAAUGAAGAGGACACCACAAGUUCUAGUAGAAUUUACAUAAAGAUACUGUUUCAAGAGUUGGCUGAGUACAUGGGAUUGAAGAAACUUAAUGAUCGCCUUCAGGACCCAACACUACAGACUGCCUUCUCUGGAAUAUUCCCACGGGAUAAUCCUAAGAAUACUAGAUUCUCAAUCAAUUUCUUCACUUCAAUUGGUCUGGGAGGUUUGACUGAUGAAUUGCGGGAGCAUUUAAAACAAAUGCCUAAGAAUGUUCCGGCAGCUAUAACAGAAAUCAAAUUGGAUAGUGACUCAAGUUCAGACUCCAGUUCAGACAGCUCUUCAUCUAGUGAUUCUAGUUCUAGUGAUUCAGAAGACGAUAACAGGGAAAAGGAUAAAAACGAAAAGAAUGAUAAAAAGAAAAAGGACAAAAAAACAACCAAGACUCCCGAAAUAGAAGAAUCUUCCAAGCAAAAUGACAAAGUUGAAAGAUGGGGACACGAUGGAUUUUAUGAUACAUAUGGCGCAGACGCGAGAAGAAAUGAAUCAAGGCCUAACAGGGAAAGGAAUGACAAUAACUAUUCAAGAGAUAAGCAAGGUACAAGAAAUAAUAAUGGAGACAGAGACAGGUGUAAUGAAGGUAAUAGUAAUGACAAAGAUAGAGGCAGAAGAGAUAACCGUAGGAAAGACACACAAGAGUAUCGAAGAGAAACAGAGAAGGAUAUCAGAAAUCAACCGUCUAGCGAUAGAAGAAAGAAUAAUGAAGAGUCGGGCAGAAGGCAUGAUGAUCGGGAUUCAAGGACAGAAAGAAAUGGCAAUAACAGAGGACAUGAACGCCAAGAAGAGCCUUCCAGAAAUCGUGAAGCGAGACACGAAAAUGAGGACAGAUAUAACAGCAACGAUGUGAGAAACAGAUAUGAAAGGGAUAUUAACGAUAGAGAUCAACGAGGGGAACGCGAUCUUGAUCAAUCUGAAAGAAGAAAUGAUGAUCGAGAUUCUAGGAAAGAACGAGGUGGCAAUAAAAAGGGGUAUGAACGGGAUGAACCCAGUAAUUCUCGUGUUGCUCGAAAUGAAAAUAAUAAUCAUCAAAAAGGCCGUAAAAGUGAAAUGGAACGAACAGAAAAGAAUGAUGAUCGAAAUUCUAAGAAAGAACGAAGUGCAAAUAAUAAGGGAUAUGAACGGGAUGAACCCAGCAAUGCUAGUGAUGUUAGGAACGACAACGAUGAUCGACAAAGCGGCCGUGACCGCGAACAUGAACAAGCAGAAAGGUAUGCUAAUAGAGAUUCUAGGAAAGAAAGAAAUGAUCGUAAUAAAGGAUACGAACGCGAGGAGCUUAAAAAUAAUCGUGAAGGCCGCAACAACGAAGACAGUUAUAAUAAAGAUGAAAGAAGCAAGAGGUAUGAAAAUCGAGAUUCUAGAACAGAAAGAAGUGGAAAUAAAGAAUAUGAACGUGAAGAAAUCAGAAAUAAUCGGGAUAGUCGAAACAACGAUGAAAGAUAUCAAGAAUCCGAUAAGAGGAACAAUGAUGAGGACAGAUACAAUAGAGGUUCGAGAAAUCAGAACAACGAUACACCAUUAGACCGAUAUAAUACUAUUGAUUCCAGAAACAAAUCCUCUAAAACGGAAGACAAUAGAUCAAAUCGUGAUGAAGAUAAUCGUAAAAAUAGACGCGAUGCUGUUAGGGACAGAAAUAAAAAUAGCUCUGACGACGACAAUAGACGAACGGAGAGAAAAAGAUACGAAAGGACAGUCAAAAAAGAUCGACAUGCAGAAAAUUCUGACAGUAGCGACGAUGAACAAAGUGAUAGGCAAAAGAGUAAAAAAUCAAAUAAGAAAGACAAGGUUCAGAAUCAUAAAGGUAAGAAAAAAGAGAAAAAGAAAGACAAAAAAGACCAUAAAAGGGAUAGUAGUUCCGAUAGCGAAGAUUCUAGCUAUCAGAAGCAUGUAGAAUAUAAGAAAGAUAAAAUUAAAGAGAAAAAUUCCAAAAAAGCAAAAUCAGGUACAUUAAAGAAGGAAAAAAAAAAUAAACGUGAUGAAAGAAAAGAAAAAGACAACUUGAGUGAUGAUAGUGAUGAUUCAGACACAUCUGUAUCUUCAGACAGUUCAGAAGAUUCCGCAAACAGGGGCGGACGCUACUGGGACACAUUUGAUAUUGCACGCAAAGAAAGUUCUCAAGUAAUUUUUGAGGGUACACCUGAUAAAAAUGAAAAAUAUUAUGAACGAAAACGGCAAUGUUUGUAGAAACAAGUUAUUUUUGUAAGACCUAAGAUUUGUUUUUUUCAAGUUGUACAAAUAAUACAUUCUGAUUUAAUUGAAAUAAGGACUAAAUGUUUUGAAUUACACAACGUUUUUUUUAUC